AUGGAGGAGUAUGAGCCAAUCAAGGUGCUUGGCGAGGGUUCCUUUGGUAAGGUUUACCUCAUGAAGCACAGCAAGACCAGGGACCUUGUCUGUACGAAGGUGAUCAAGCUCAAGAAUAUCCCACCGAAGGAACAGGAGGCCUGCAAGAACGAGGUCGAGCUCCUGAGCCGCAUGUGCCACCCCAACAUCGUGGGCUACACCAACUCAUUCCUCUACAAGAACUGCCUGUGCAUCAUCAUGGAGUACUGCGACGCCGGCGACCUCGGCGACCGUGUCAACGAGGCAAAGGGCCAACUCCUCCCGGAGAGCAAGGUGAUGACCUGGUUCGUGCAGACGGCCCUGGGGCUGCACUUCAUGCACUCCAACCGCGUGCUCCACCGGGACAUCAAGACGCAGAACGUGUUCAUCCUCAGCAGCGGCAGGGUAGUGCUGGGGGAUCUCGGCAUCUCCAAGCUCUUGGGCGGCACCCGCGAUUUCGCGAGCACCUGCAUCGGGACCCCUUACUACAUGUCGCCGGAGAUCUUCAAGAACCACCCGUACAACGACAAGUCCGAUGUCUGGGCCCUGGGGUGUCUCUUGUACGAGUUGCUCACGCUCAAGCACGCCUUCGACGCGCAAAGCCUGAACGGCCUUGCCGGCAAGAUCAUCAAGGGCAAGUUCCCCAGCGUGUCCACCCAGUACUCCAAGAACCUCCGCGCCCUCGUGAACGACAUGCUCGCCACCAACCCCAAGAAGAGGCCGGACAUCGAGCAGAUCCUGCGCAAGUCGUUCGUGCAGACCAGGGUGAAGGAGUUCGUGGGCGACCUCGACGCCGACGAACUGCACCGCCAGGAAAAGGCCAUGCACGCCCUGAGCGACCAGCUGAUCGACCUCAAGAUGGACGACGCCGUUCCGAUGGCAAACCUUAUCGUGGAAGAGGGAGAGGGGGACGGCCCUAACGCCCCCUCUCCCAGUGAAUCGGACGCGGCGGCUGCCGCUGCCGCCGCCGCCGCCAAAUCCGGGGGCUCUCGUUCGCAGCUCAAGGCCCAGAAGCACCAGUUGGAACUAGAGGAGGAGAAACGCAUCGCCGCGGAAAUGGCCUUGAACCGCCUCCGCCGCAAGGCCGCGGAGCGCCGACGCCGCGCCAGCCUCUCCCGCUCCAACUCUCCCAUGGGGGGAGAGGGCGGCAGGAUCGGCAGCGGAUCUCCUCGCUACCCAGGAUCUCCGGGAUCUCCGGGAUCUCCGGACAAUGGCGAUACCGGUACCGGUGGGGGCGGUGGCGACGGAGACGGGUCGCACACCCGCGGCAGGAGGCCUAGUAUACUCCAGCGGCUGGGGAGCCUGGCCACGAGCCCCCUCCAGAGCCGAAGGAAGUCUCUGUCCACCCCCGCCUCGCCCUCUGGGGGCAACGACUCGCCACGGGGGGGAUCCAACAACGGCUCUCAGUCCGCGCGAGGGCCAGGCGCCGGCAUGAGCGACGUGGACAAGGCGAUGGCCCUCGCGGUCGCCGCAGCGGAGAAGCUCGACGGCGACGGGGACGGGGACGGGGGCGGGGGAAGCGCCGUUGCGAAGGGUCCUACGGGGGCACCUCGGCAGUCUCUCGGGCGCCCCAAGGAGGCGACGGACUACGUUGUGAACCCGACCCGCCGCCGGUCGAAGAGCGGGACCAACUCGAACAACUCCAGCGGAGGCGGCGAAGUCAGCUCCCGGUCUGCGAGAGGAAGCACCGGAGGCGGUAGCCCGCGGGGGGGAGGGGAGAACGGCAGGCCAAGGGCGUCUCAGGAUGGCGAAUCUUCAUCGAAGUGCCACUUGUCGCCGGACUUGCCCAAGCUACAGCUCGGGGCCAAUGCAUCCGCAACGCCCGCCCUCCGCAGCGGCAGGAGCUCGGCCGACCGGUACAGCGGCGGUAGCCCUCGCGAGGGAAGGGGAAGCGGCAAGGGCGACUCGCUGUUCGAGGAGGAGGACGACAGCAACGACCUGUUCCGUGUCCUCAAGGAGCAAGCGAAGGCCCACGCGAAGGAGGGAGAGGACAAGGAGAUCCACGACCGGGAGGAGGAGCUGAGGGCGAAGCUCAGGGAGGCGGAGCAGCGCUGCCUCGACCUGCAGUCGAACAUGGAGAAGGUUCGGGAGGCCGGGAAGAGGAGGGGGUCGAUCAUCGUGCCGCCGCCGCCGUCGGGGGCGUCGACGGGCGGUGGCGAGGCGCUCGACGACAUGGGGCUGCCGAAGCUCAGCGUCGAUGUAAACCCUUCGACCAGGGGGAGCCUAUCCCCCGGCGGCGGGGGCUCCGCACAGAGAUACAGCCGCUCAGUGUCCAACUGCUCAGGGGACGAGGAUAGGGCUUCCGACUUCGAGGACGAGCCCGUGCCGUACUGCCAGAGCCACCUCGAGGAGAUACACGACGCCCCAACCCCCGUGGGCAACCUCGUCGACAGGGUGCAGUUCAUCACCAAGAAGUGCUCGGACGGGCUGGGGGAAGCGAAGUUCGCCAAGGCCCUGGAUCUGCUCAAGAAGAUGCAAGAGGGCGACUGCAUGGUCACCUUGGACGGGGUCGAGUACGACGGAAACGAGGAAGACGAUGUUGAGAAAGUGCUGGUGAAGGUGAUCGGGAAGCACAAGCUCCACUACUGGAACUUGUUGGACCAGCUGCUGCUCAUGUCUUAG